AUGACAUUAGGCUCAACAGAGAUGAAUGAAAACACCACACCAUUAGCUGAUGGACAGCAAAAACCUACAGAAGACAACAUAUGUAAAACACCAAGACACUCGCGGUGGACCAGGCAAGAAACACUUGUUCUCAUACAAGGAAAAAAGGUUGCAGAGGAAAGAGCUCAUAGGGGGCGUAAAUCCACUUCUAUUUUCGGUUCAGACAAGGCAGAACCCAAAUGGGAUUCAGUCUCCUCUUACUGCAGACAACAUGGAGCAGACAGAGGAUCUGUUCAAUGCAGAAAACGUUGGAGCAACAUGAUCAGUGACUUCAAGAAAAUUAAAGCAUGGGAAUCACAGGCAAAUGGAAGCAGCGAAUCUUAUUGGAAUAUGAGUAACGAUCUAAGGCGAGAGAAAAGGCUACCAGGUUCUUUUGAUAGAGAAGUUUAUGAUGUCUUGGAUGGGAAGAAAGUCACAGAAGAAGCAUACCAAUUAGCUCUGGUAACUAUAACCACAGAUGAUAAAUAUGACUAUGGGAUAGAAACAGUCGAAGAACAGGAAGAGGAAGAGGAAGAGGAAAAGGAAGAGGAAGAGGAUGACGAUGUUUCUCAUACAGGGGAAUAUAUCAUGGCAGAUGAUGUUCUGCAUCCAGCCAUGGAGGAAAUUGGAAGCAACCCAAUGAAGGAACGUGUAGUAAAAGAUAAAAAAGCUAAGUCCAUUCCCUCUCCAACGCCUAUAUCAGGUACAGCCGAAGGAGAACAGCCUGGAUCAGAUUUCUGGAAUAGCCCCGUGUUUCAGAGCGGAGUGAAGAGAAGAAGACAAUCAUCAGAUGGUUGUAUUGAUAGUAGUCUGGGAUAUAAGCUGCUGAAAACUCUGGAGCAAAACGCCAGUAUGCUUCAUGCACAACUUGAUGCUCAAAUGGAAAAUCGUCAACUGGAUAGGGAGCAGCAGAAGGAACAGACUAAUAGUUUAAUUGCUGCUCUUAACAAGGUAGCUGAUGCAGUAGCAAGAGUUGCUGAUAAGAUUUAAUGGAUAAAUACAAAUUUUAAGAUAAUGCCAAUUUAACAGUAGGUUUUGGUUAUUUAUCGAUUAUUAUUGUUCUUGACACUGAUUACGAAAUAUUGUUGCUGGUUACUUGGUUUUGAAAACCAUAGGAUUUUAUUUACAUCUGUGAAUGACGGUCAUUUCUGUGAUGAAUUUAACUAGUACCAAUCUAUCUGAAAAACCUUGAUGAUAAUUGGACAUACGAAAGCAAACACUUAGCAAGAGAACUGAAUGUACGUUUUUCCUUUUUCUUCUUUUUCUCGGUUGUACUAGAAAUAAAUAAGAUGAAAGGAACCCGCAAGGGUGGCUCAGUUGGUUGAGCAUGGGCUUUCAUAAUGGAGGUCUCAGGUUCGAAACCCCUUGCCUACGACCGCAGGAGAUUUGCCGCCACGUGGUCGAGCUCGUCACACGGGACUUGCCUAGUGCGGGUUACCUCUCCUGUGUGGUUUGCGAGCUAUUGCACAGGAGAUGGGUUUACCCUGUGCGCACCCAAAGCGUAGCGGCUGCGGGUUCCCAUAUCAUCAAAAAAAAAAAAAAAAAAGGAUGAAAGGAUAUGCCAUAAGAAGGUUAAGUGGUCCUCAAUUAGAUCAUUGGAAA